AAGUUCACAAGCCGGGUCAUGUGAGAAUGGACGAUACGGAUGGAAUAGAUUUCCUUAAUUACGUAUCAUCCGGACAAUGUGAAAGACCUCGUGAACCUGUGUUUGUGAAAGGUUGUGGAGACAUCACAAUUUUUGGGAUAAAUAAUAAAUUCAAGGAAGAAUUCCCCAGUGAACUACACGGUAAAUUGGCUCCUGAAGAAUUUGAAGAAAGCAUACGCAAAAUUAAUGAUCGCUUGGAAAGUUCACUACCUAAUCAUGUUAGGUGGUUUGUUUGCGGGUUGUUAUGUUGUUGUUGUACAGCUGGAUGUUCAUUGUGGCCAGUCAUUCAUUUGAGUAGGCGAACAAGAAGAGAUCUACAAAAGAUACUGGAAGCGGAAAAUAUUCGGUUGUAUUGUAACAUUGGUUUACGUUUAUCCCUAGUUAAACAGCGAUCUUCUGAAACGACAACAUUAAUGGAAUAUGUUCUGCGAAUAGAUCACUUACCAAAGGCGUGUAUUUAUUUCCCAGAUUGAUUUGUAUAGGAUGGACGGUGAAUGCUUACUCAAUAACAACGUUGUAUCUUGCAUGCGGACAGUGUGAAGAUCUCAUCGUAAUUGUCUGAAAAUGACAAGUUGCAAUUAUCAUUCAUCAAAAGUGUUAUCAUUACCUUCAUUCCAACUUUUGUGAUAAAUAGUUUCCCUUUUUUUUCCUUUCUUUCUCUACAUUUGUUAUCUAUAUUCUCUUCUUCCUGUUAAGAAAUGUGUAAAACACUGCUAAUUUUACAUCUCACCUUGUUGUCUGCAAUCAAACCUACUCGAGAGACAGAGAGAGAGAGAGAGAGAAAAUCCAACCCAACCAUGAUUGAUUGCAGGGCAUUUAACAAACAUUUAGACAAAUACAACGUGUUAUGCUUUUUUUUUACUUUUUCUGACUUUCUCUUUGUGCUUCUUGUCACACUUUUAUAUUGUAGAGAUAUAUUCCUUUUCCUAUUUGUUUCUUCAUUUUUGUACAUACGCUGUCACCUUAUUUUACUAUUCUACAUUCUACUUACUUUGGAUUCGGGAGGACAAGGGCCCUGUUAUUUGUCUUUUUCACUUACUCUAUAUCCUAUGAGAAAUUCCACAACUUGUAGUUCAAAAAUCUCUUAGUCUACUUUUUCCCCCCAUAUUUCCUAUGUAUAUCAUAAGCAUUUUAAUAGGUUAAGUAGUUGUCAAGUAUUAUCGCUGUCAACCGCUUUCAUCGUUCUAAUUCGUUUAUCACAUUUUACUGUCCAGUUAUUAUUAUUAAUAUUUUUAUUAUUAUUGUAGAGUGUAUACAGACCUCGUAUCCCCAAUAAUAUUUACUUAGCGAACACUUUCUCAUCUUGAAAUGAAACGUGUUCAAAUUGACUUUAACUAUUAUUAUUAUUUUAUAAUAUUUAUUGUUUUUAUUGUCAUUAUCAUUAUACUGAUUACUUAUCGCCGUUAUCAUUGUAUUACUUUUGUUUUCUUUCUUUUUCAUUUUUGUUAAAAAGCACACACAGUUAGUUGGUAAUAUCAGCCAGUACCCGUAGAGCUUGUUUUCUCAUUUUUAUUCAACCUUGUUGUAAAUGAAACUGACUAUAUAUAUAUAUAUAUAUAUAUA